GCAGUUUCGAGCACAACGAACAAUGAAAAGACAAAAAGCUUGGCGUGAAAGACACCAUUGAUCUCAGUGCACUGCACUGAUGCUGCAAACCACAUGCGUCCUCCCCAUGAGGGUGAGUGUUUGCUGCUUCACAAACACAUUUCUCCCUUUGCCAGUACCCCUAAAAACUACAGGUCAGCGGGGGGAGGACGCCUCACAGCCCAUCGGGUUUUUCUUUUUUAAUCCUUUAUUAAAGGAGUAAAUGCUGAAAAUAAGUUGGAUGGAGUAAAGAUUGACCUUUUCAAGUCACAAUAUGGUGGAAUAAUUUGACAUGCUCCGGCAAGUUCCUUGCGACUUCUUUGCUCCCUGCUGAGCAGGAGAGGAUACUGAUGGCAGAGAGUGCCCUCUUCCUGCCAUCAGGAUAAUGCACACAUCCACAGAGCUGAUCUCUGUCGCGACCAUGAGCAACAUGACGGUGCUCGACACGCCCGACCUCUACGACCCUGACACGACCCAGUUCGAGGCCAUAUACCCUGUCAGCUUCCAGGUUUCUCUGACGGGCUUCCUGGUUUUGGAGAUGGUGCUGGGCCUGAGCUCCAACCUCACUGUGCUGGUCCUCUACUGUAUGAAGCAGAAUCUCAUCAGCUCCGUUUCCAACAUCAUCACCAUGAACCUGCACGUGGUGGAUGUGUUGGUGUGUGUGUGCUGCAUCCCGCUGACGACCGUGGUGGUCCUGCUGUCGGUGGAGGCCGACACCGCCAUGAUCUCCUGCUUCCACGAGGCGUCCGUCUCCUUCGCGAGUGUAGCUACAGCUGCCAACGUCCUGGCCAUCACUGUGGACCGCUACGACAUCUCGGUGCGGCCGGCGAACCGCGUGCUCACAAUGGGCCGCGCUGUGGUCCUGCUGGGGUCCAUAUGGACAUUGUCCUUUUUCAGUUUCUUGGUUCCGUUCAUGGAGGUGGGCUUCUUCGCCGGCUCCGGCUCGGAUCUCGCGAACCGGACGGAGGUUCAUUUAAACGAGUAUUACACGGAGCCGGGUUUGUACUAUCACCUGCUGGCGCAGAUCCCCAUAUUCUUUUUCACGGCCGUGGUGAUGCUGGUGACUUACUACAAGAUCCUCCAGGCGCUUAACAUUCGCAUCGGAACGCGCUUUCAACACAACUUGCCUAAGAAGAAGCAAAAGAGCAAAAACACCAUCUCCUUGAGCACUGCCACGCAAGCGGAGUCAACAGAUGUGUCGCAGAGCAGCACAGCUGUCCGGACGGGCGGGAAUGCACCUUUAGGCAUGCGAGCAUCUGUGUCUGUCAUAAUAGCUUUGAGACGAGCGGUCAAGCGCCAUCGGGAGAGGAGGGAGAGGCAGAAGCGAGUCUUCAGGAUGUCUCUUCUGAUCAUCUCCACUUUUCUUCUUUGCUGGACUCCUAUAACCGUGUUAAACACCACCAUCCUCAGCACCGGACCCAGCGACCUGACCGUUCGCCUCCGGCUGGGCUUCCUGGUGAUGGCGUACGGAACCACCAUCUUCCAUCCGCUCCUCUACGCUUUCACCAGGCAGAAGUUCCAGAAAGUGCUGAAGAGCAAGAUGAAGAAGAGGGUGGUCUCUGUGGUGGAGGCCGAACCCACGCCGAACAACGUGGUCAUUCAUAACUCGUGGAUCGACCCAAAAAGAAACAAGAAAGUCACCUUCGAGGACACAGAGGCCAGACAAAAAUGUCUGUGCUCGCAGGAUGUAGAAUGAAAGGAUGAACUCUGGUGUAAAUAUUUGGAAAACAGUCUUCAAACAGAAGCGUGAAGCUGCAGUCGAUGGAGAAAAAUGGCUAAAAGUUGUGUUUUUUUCAAGGGAAGUGAUUGAUCGCUGCUCGGUCAAACACAGGAGUACUAAACAAAGCCCAUUAAACAAUGGACAGCAUACACAUUUGGAGGAUGACUAAACAAAAAACCAAAUGGCUAGCAUCGAAAGAAAACACUUUCCCAGAGAACAAAGAAAAUAAUGGGGAAAGGAGUCUCCAAAUGCCCACAUCACAUCAAAAAGUGAAACUUUAAACUGGCAAAAAAAAUCCGUUCAAUAACUGUAUUUGAAAUGGAUUUCUUUACUAAAGCAAAAAAAAAAAAAAAAGACGGGGGGAAAGUAUAUGAAGGGGUUUAAUUUAUUGUUGAUUGCCACUGAGGACAGCUCAUUCACAACUCUGUAUCCAAGCAGAAGCAGCACGUGAUGUUCUCUGGUUAAUGUAAUGUAACAUGAGACGUGUGUGUGUGGUCAUCGAACACUUUAAUAUUGUACCAUUGUACCAUUUUUUAAUAAAUAUGCAAAAGGCAGAGAACGUGUCAUCCCGACCAUCUGCAGCAAGCUUUUCUGUGAAGAUUGAUCUGUUCUC